CAGGCAUGGAGAAACCGGAAGUUAUUUUGAAAGUCAGCCUGUUGUGACAGUGACCUAUUAGUACUGCUAAUUAUCCACCGGGCAUGACGGGACCGACGUGUGGCACAGUAUAACAGCUUGGGUACAGUUGUCACCAUGGCUGUUAAGAUAUUCUUCCCCACGUCCUGUUCGGGAGCUGAGAAUGGGCUUCUUAUUGGGCGCUGGAUGGCAGACCACCAGUCUGUGGUGGUCCUGGCUGUACUCCACUUUCCGUUCAUCCCUGGCUAUGUGAAGAAAUACCUGGCUAAUCUGGAACAGGUGACAGGCCUGAGCCUCUCUGUGUUAGGAACCUGGAGCAACAGAAAAGCCGAGACGGAUGACAAGACGGAGAACUUUCUCAGCGACCUUAGCAGUAUAUUCGCACACCAGCCAUGGUUACGGAUGGCGAGAGAAGCUUCUAACAAGUUCUGGGAUUGUGCAAUUGAUGGACUUGCGGAUGGAGAAGAAGCAGAAAUUGUCUUGGUCUACUAUGAUCAGCAGAAGGUGAUGCUGUCGGAGUUGCACAACAAGGCUGAGAGCUCUGAAAUUGCCGGUUUCUUUGAUACUGUGGCAAGGAACCGUCCUCUUUUUGCCAUGGACAAAUAUGAUGAAGGUCCAAUAAAGCUCACUCACUGGCAGUCUGAAGGGGUGGAAGCUAGCAUUAUUGUGGAGCUGGUCAAGCAAGCCUCUGUGCCUAUGUGUGCUUUCUUGUCUUUCCUGCUUUCAGUAAUUACCUCUAUCACCAGAGUUCUGCAAGUGAAACCACUCUCUUACCUGUGGAGCAAGCUGUCUACCUGUGAGCAGUUAGGUAAACGUCUGGACAGCCUUCGACUGAUCGGCAGCACCGAGGCGGCAAAGGACCACACUCUGUUCAUGAGGAAGGCCAACACCUUGGUUUCACUUCUGCUUGAUGUCAUCCUUGGAAUCGUUCUGAUGUCCUGGCUUUACCAAGGGAAUCACAUAGGCCAGCUGGCUGAUAAGCUUUUGCCUGUGGCUGAUCGUGUUGCAGUAGAACUCCAGGGCCUGCUGCAGUGGCUGAUGGGAGCACCAGCUGGACUGAAGAUGAACCGAGCACUGGAUGAGGUCCUUGGUCGCUUUUUUAUGUAUCACAUCCACCUCUGGAUCAGUUACAUCCGCCUCAUGUCGCCAUUCAUUGAAGUCAUUCUGUGGUAUAUUGGAUUAUCGGCGUGCCUGGGGCUCUCUGUAGCACUUUCAAUCCUAUCUGACAUUAUUGCCCUUCUGACCUUCCAUAUAUAUUGUUUCUAUGUAUAUGGAGCCCGCUUGUACUGCCUGAAGAUGCACGGACUCUCAUCCCUGUGGCGGCUUUUUCGAGGGAAAAAGUGGAACGUUCUGCGCCAGAGAGUAGACUCCUGCUCCUACGAUCUAGAUCAGCUAUUUCUUGGGACCCUACUCUUCACCAUUCUGCUCUUUCUACUGCCGACGAUUGCCCUUUAUUACCUGGUAUUCACCCUGUUACGUCUACUCGUGGUUCUGGUCCAAGGAGUCAUCCAGAUGACCACAGACCUGCUGAACUCGGUCCCCGUCUACGCCCUGGUGUUGCGGCUUUGCAGGCCCUACAGGUUGGCAGCCGGGGUCAAGUUCCGAAUGUUGGAGCAACAAACAGGGAAACCACUAAGACUCCUGAUGCAGAUCAAUUCUUUGCCAUAUGGAAAUGUGCUGCAGCAUUACAGGCUGCCCUCCAGUAGAUGUUACCCCAAAGACUCCUGGGGCUCCUUGUGCAAGAAGCUGUUCAUCGGGGAGCUCAUCUACCCCUGGAGGCAGAAAGGAGACAAGCAGGACUGAGAGACUGUGACGGUGGCUUUCUAGACUCUUCCAGGGACGGAGGAGAGACGGUGACGCCAGGAGUGAAUUAUCUAGGGAUUCUUGAACAAAUAACUGAAUUCUGUUUUUGAGAUGUUACAAGAAAAAAGGAAGUAUUGAUUAUUAGUGUCACGUUCAGCAUGUGACAUCACAACAACAGGAAGUGACUGAU